AUGCCCCGGAUACCUUCGGCGAGCCUGCUGCGACUGCCUCGCAGCCCACAUCAGCGUUGGGCGUUCCCAGCGCAUUUGAUCGCGGGAAGGAGAGUUGGCGGAUAUAGGUACAUUUCGGUGCAGACCACGCCCUCGACAGACACAGCAACCAUUGAUGUGACUGGCAAGUCUGCAUCGGCGUCAUCCCCAGAUGCCACGUUCGAAGUCUUGGGUGCGCCGUACUCGCUACUCUCCGUCACGCUCUCCCCAUCCCAGGAUCUCUACACGCGCCGUGGUACCCUUGUGGGCGUGUCUUCCGAUGCCGCAGAUGACGCAAUAUCUACUCUACGUCUCCUGACGCCUUUCCGGCGCGCCAUCAGUGGCAUACCCUUUCUAUAUCAGCGAAUCACAUCUACCACGCCUCUUUCUGCGAUAAUUUCGACACCCUCCACGAGCACCUCUCUCUCCAUCCUCCACCUUGAUGGGACAACCGACUGGAAGAUCACUCAACGCAAAGCCCUCCUCGCGUGGACGGGCCGCUCACUGAACGUUGCACCAACUCUGCCAACCUCACUCAGCACGAGCGCAUACGGUACCUCUCUCGCGACCGGCCGUGGUCUGAUAUGCCUUUCUGGCGUUGGUCAGAUCUACAGCCUCACUCUCGGGCCAUCCGAAACCUACAUUGCGCAUCCAUCGAACAUUCUCGCCUAUAGCAUCAACUCGAACCCGGCGCCUCAACCAUACCGUUUUCGAUCCUCCGCCAUGCGACUGCAGAUACCACUUCAAUUAGGCAACUGGUUUCCAACGCCAGCGUUCGUGAGGGCUAUGCAGGACUCUUCGACGUACAAAACUAUGCAGAGCUUAGUGCUCCGGUUCCGGACAUGGUCACGAAGGACGAUUUGGGGAGACCGACUCUUCCUAAAAUUCCAAGGCCCGACGACAAUAUUGCUUCAAUCCAGAGCAAGCCGCGUACGAGAUGUAUUGACGCGCGAGGAGGUGAAUGAGAUUGCCGACGCACCGGCAGGCAGUGUACUGGCAAGCGUAAGAACUGUACAUGAUUCACGGGAUCGACACGCGGAGCAGAGCAGGAUGGGAGUGCACGGUGCCACUGUGAGCGCAGCGACGAACAGUGCAGCAGAAAGCAAUGGACAGCCGAAGUUGGAAGUUAAGAGCGUGAGUGAGGAUGGUAAAGUUACAUUUCAGGCGAAGCAGGAAACCGGGAGCAAAGCAUGA